AAUUUUAGACUCUUAUUAUCAAUGUUAUUUAAUAUAUAUCUUGUCUUUUUUUACUUUAAAUGUCAGCAAAUACAAAACAAAACUGUCGUUAAAUAUUUAUUAACAAUAUCAAAAGCAUCACGCAAAGCCCAGUGUGCAAGUCCAGUAUUUUUUUAACAUGUAUGUUGACCUAAUAUGUAAAGACAUUGCUAAAUUAGUUUAGUUCACCUUGACUAUAUAUAUAUAAUAUUUCAAUCUUUUAAAUCUUCAAGAUUAAUACGAUGGUCUUCUUGCUUCCAAACAUUCCCUAUAAUCUGAUAGUAUUGUCUUUAAAAAGGUGAAAUCCCAAUAUUUUGGAAUGUAAGCUUGAUGAAGCACUUGAAUUAAGCAGUUCUGCAAGGGGAGGAGCUUGCCCGUGAACCCCAGUCUCUAUUGAGCUCGCAUGCAGCAGAGGGAAAUGUACGUGCGCCAUACUCGUUGAAAAGCCAAUAGUAAGGGACAAAGUUGCCUUGGCCCAAAAUAUGCUCCAGCAAUGUCAUGCUCCGAGAAAUUCUCUGCGGUGAAAGUCACACUGUCUGAGGGGAAAUCUUUCAAUAGCCCAGGUCUAAAGGAUCCUUUGCGUUGGGCGUACGGAGGCUCACGUCCUAACCUGGACUGCCAAAUCCAAAAUAGCGGGACCAACCCAGCGUAUUCGAUCGCGCUUCAGACAAUAAAACAGAUUCAGACACCCCCGGUUGAGCAUGGCUCUGCCGAGUCACCAGUUUCUCCAUGGAGCUGUGAACUGGGAUGGAGAGCACUUGAGUCCCGUCCAGGUUUCUCAUGUCAGCGCGUGUCCCACCAGCGCUUCAAAUCGAAAAGAGGAGCCCUUCUAUUUUUCUGUGGACCAAACAGGGCCAGCUAGACAGCCUCUCGGCAUCUCCGCCUUCAGCAGAUUCAUGACAGAUAUGGGCUCUCUGAACGGCACUGACAACCAUCGUCCAGAGCCUUCUUUUUACUCCGGACACAAACUCCUAUCACUCAAUACCGACACGGAUCCAGAGAGUCCGUCGCACUCUUCCCACUCAGACACCCAACAGUUGCACAGUCUGUCUUUCUCCGCGCCUUCCUGUUCAGAAACUGACAUUAAGCCAGACACGCAUUAUUUAACGACGGAAAGCACUAAAUACCCAAGCAAGUGGAGUGAAUGCAGAACUAACGGGAGCAUCAUCACCACACUGAGCAUCAGUCAGAGAAGCAGGGACGACACAGAGCCAAAUACUCUCCAGACAGACUUUACCGGGAACGAUAAAACUCACAGAGAGAGAACGCAAGACGUGACUUUAGAAAACGCUGCAAAUGGCUGGCUGUCGGCGAAAGCGGGGAGGAAGAAGCGAUGUCCUUACAGCAAACACCAAAUCUUAGAGCUGGAAAAAGAAUUUCUAUUCAACAUGUACCUGACUCGAGAGCGCCGCCUGGAGAUUAGCCGGAGCAUACAUCUCACCGACCGCCAGGUUAAGAUUUGGUUUCAGAAUCGCAGAAUGAAACUGAAAAAAAUGACUCGAGAGCACCAGACAAGGGACCCUGGCACAAAUUUCACUGUCUAGUUUGCUAUGUAAGACGGUUAAAAAGAGCGGACUCAGAGCACAAAUCACUGCUGUUAUCAUUCGUUGCAAGUGGAUUGAUGCAACUGCUGCUUCUGAUGGAUUACCGGGAGGAAGCGAUCAGUCAGAUCUCACCACGGUGUUUCACAAUAUGUGUUCUAUAAGGCAAGUGUAAGGGAGAUCAAUUUAAUACCUCGCAUGAAGAUGAACAGAAAAGUGUAACGAAAUAAGAAGACAAGUCUUUGGCUAUUCGAUGUAAGCUUGUCAUAUUCACACAGGCCCAUGAACAGUGUUUAUUGAUGUCGUUUGAUUCUUUGUAUUUAUUUAUUAUUUUUAUUUGUAUUAUUAUCAUUAUUAUUAUCAUUUUUUUACAGGUUAUGAGUGUUAAAGCGGUUGGUUUUUUUAGACAGGAAAUUUUAUCUGUUAGGUAACUAAGAAUAUUUGCGGACACUCCCGAGUAAAAAAUAAAUAAAUAAAUACAAUCCUAAAAGGAAAUCCAUUAUCAGAGGAGUUACAUCAAUCACAGGUACUGUUGUUUUGUUUAAAAUAUUGUUUGUUGUCUCCUUUAUUGGUACGAGUGAAAAGGCACAGAUUUUCUUCUUAUGCUGAAGUAUGGUCGAAUGUAUAACUUAAAACUGUGAUUCUUAAAAAUUCUGUUUUGAAAAGCAGUGCAUUUUGAAAUAAAAUUUUGCACUACGUGACCAUAAAACGUUUAGUUUGCAUAUUAAGUAUGGUGGUCACUUUGAAAAUUACCUUAUCUGCAGUGUUAUAAUAUGGUAAUGUGACAACGCAUUUUGAAAAAUAAGUAGACCUAUAAAGGUAAAAUUUAAAGGUGUAAUACAAGCUUUACAUUUUAAAUUAGGCCUACUUUUUAAUUUUUGUUUUAUACAGUUCAAGAAUUCAGUUCAUGACAACAUAUAGCUUGGAGAGAAGAAUAACCUGGUAUGAAGCUUUCUUUAGUCUUAUUAUUAAAGGAGAAGACAUUUGUCAAUUGUAUCAAUUACAAAACUUUAAUUACCAGUUGAUUGUGAACUAGUAAUUGUUUUAUUAUUAGAUAUAUUAACAGUUUUUGGCUACUUGAUUUUGGGUGUAGAAUAGAUUAUAUAACAAAAAGACUUUUGAGUUGAAUUUGAACAAAACCUUUUGAAAUUCAGUUUGAUUGAAACGACGACGUGGAGUCCUUGUCUUAACACUAAAUCCAAAAUAAAAUAAAAUAUAUUGUUACUAUUUUUUAUUCAUUUUAUUAUGGCCAUAUAAUUUUAACCAGAGAUAAAAAUGAAAAAAUAAAAUAAAAAAACAACAUAUAAUGUAAGUGCAUCACAAAUGCAAAUUAUAUCGUCUCUGGGAUCAGUUUCUUGUAAAUUUAAAAUGGAGCUCCGAAUUUGAAUUUUAGAAAUUAAGGUGAAGUUAUAUUUACACAUCUGCAUUCAUUUUACUUUCUGCUUUCAUCUGCAUUAUCUCAAAUAUCUCAUCGUUGCAUUGAUAGACCUAUAUUUGAAUGGGCGAAAAAUAUUGUGAGUAUUUUAAAUAUGUGCACUAAGAAAUGUUAACCGGAUAUAAUGGUAUGUGGAGUAUGUGAACUUUAAGUAUGGAUGUUUGAAACUUUGGUAUGUUAAUUUGCACUGUGAAGGAUUUUUAUUAUUAAACUUGAAUUGUGUUAUGAGAUGUGCUAUAUUUUUGUAAGUUUAAAUUAAGUGAAGAUAAAAUGUAUCAGUUGUUUACUUUUGUUCCAUUCUGUCCAAGAGUUUUCUGCGCGUAAGAAAUAAUUCUGAACAUAUGCUGAUGUUGCUUGACGUGAUACAGUUCCUCCUCUUUUGUCUAAGCCAGUCUUUGCUUUGGUGAACCGCCAUGUUGAGAAGGGACAAUCCCCAACGUCAUUGGCCAGGCAGGGGCCUCUUUUUAUAACAGGGGGCAAUAGACCCUUUUAUUGCCGACAGUCUGGAGAGAACCGGAUAUGCUUGUGAACUUAAAUUACUUUAUUUCAAGCAACGUCUUUAAACAGUUCUCGCUAUCUCCUUUCCCCGCAGUGGGUCAGAAAUGUUCCAGUUGAUUUCUUGAGAUUUUAGCUCUAGUGCCCUCUAAUACGGUUCCUCAGUUAAACAGUGCUCUGUUAGAGGACAUAGCACUGAAAUAUGAGUGCUCAUCUGGUUCAGUACUUUUGGACGCUAGACUGCUGGCAGCCUUUCAGGUCUUGCCUUUGAACACGGAGAAGACCAAGCUGGUCUGUGAUUUAGGUAGUUUCAAGUUGUUGGGCUGGACGUUUAAUUUCACAGGAACCUGAAACUGCCUGAAUUGCUCCAGUUAAACACACCAUUGUCCGUUCAACGUGGACUGAGGAUUACAGUGUCGCCUUCAUUGAAAAUACGUGCUUAAUAAUCAACGAGAUUUUUACAGA